AUGGGUUCAUCCGACGAGGAAAACGAGCGUCUAGCUCAUCCUGAAUUUUGGGAUCAACGAUAUGCCCAAGCCGAAGGAGACCGACCUACUCAUGAAUGGUUUAGAAAUUUCGUCGAGCUUGAGUCUUUUUUCGAUCGGAGACUUUUCAAAACUCGAAGUCCGGACACAAACCCGACACUCCUGCAUUUAGGAUCGGGAGAUAGUGAUGUACCAGUAGGACUUUGGGAGAAAGGCUACAAGGAUCAGCUCUGUGUUGACUUUUCUACCAUCGUGGUCGAUCUUAUGUCUAAGAAACAUUACAGCAUGGAAGGUAUUAAAUGGAAGCACGCUGACGUCCGCCACUUGGAUGACCUUCCCGAAAAAUCAAUAGACGUUGCGUUUGAUAAAGGAACGUUGGAUGCUAUGAUUCAUGGUAGCCCCUGGAACCCACCCGAUAAUGUGAAGGACAACACUAGCCAGUAUAUCCGUGAGGUAAAACGGGUCCUCAAGGACGAUGGUGUGUUUCUAUAUGUGACAUAUCGCCAGCCACAUUUCAUAAGGCCCCUUUUAGGUUGCGAAGGGACUGACUGGGAGAUCGAUAUGGAUAUUCUUGGUGACGGAUCAAGUUCUUUCGCCUACCACGGUUUCAUCUUAACGAAAAGAUCCUGA